AUGGCGAUUAUGUCAAAUGGAGAGUUAACCCCAGUACGACGGAGCAAACGGAAUACGGAGGUGGCUGAUGUUGACUCUCUAGAGAAGGCAGAAAGAAGAGUUGCCGUCAAGAACCUCGAGGAACCCCAAGGAGGAGUGGGUAUUAGUUUGGGUGACAACGAUGAUUUAAUGAUCGGGUCUAUUGCUCUUUUAAAAAAUGUUGAAAGGGAGAGACUGAAACCAUCUAUUUGUCUCAAUAAAGAUGAAAAUGAAUUUGAUUCUGAGAAGGAUGAGAUCGAUCCAGACACCUUCACCAUAAGUCGACUCUGUGGUGACUUAACAGAGGAGGUGAUGGAUGAUAAUAAUGCGGACCUCGACGGAGUACUUGUAAAUGUGCCCAUCAAGGUGGGAAAAACCAAAAAGAAAAAGAAACUCCUCAGUAAGAAUACAGCUGCAAGAAAAAAAUAG